GUUCCUGCUGUCGGUCACCUCGGACACCAAGAGCCACCACCUCUGGUGGACUCUGCCAGUCCAGUGUUACAAAUUUUCCGACAGUGAUUCACUGGGAGCCUUGAGAGGUAGCUUAGCUCCCAGGAGGAACUCUCAGCAGUGAUAGGUUUUAGCUACCCUAGAUUUUACAUGGCGUCGAGAGCUACUUAGACUUCCGGAGUCAGUGGUUUUGGUGUUGAGACCUUCAUUUGGCAUUCUACAACAGUUCCCAAAGUGACUGAGAUCUACUAGAACCCUGAGGCCACAAACACGCAGCUGCCUUUGCCUGGGUUCUUUUCUGCUUCUUGGCCAGUCAACAGCUGUUCACGAGUGUCAUUCACACAUCAGUUGGCAGCCACGCGUCAGAGGUUUCCCACUGCUUCUCACCUGGCCAGACUGGAGACGCAACAUCUGUAACCGAUGUCUGAGAUUCUACGAACAUAAGCCCCAGUUGUUGUCUCCUCACUCUAUGGAACCUGUUAUAGAAACCCAUUGAGGGUUCUUCCCCUUGAGAUCCUAGACUCUUAGAUACAACUUCAGACGAGGAAGAUGCUGAGCUCUAUCAAGUGUGUGCUGGUCGGCGACAGUGCUGUGGGAAAAACCUCACUGUUGGUGCGCUUCACCUCUGAGACCUUCCCCGAGGCCUACAAACCCACUGUGUAUGAGAAUACAGGUGUAGACGUCUUCAUGGAUGGCAUCCAGAUCAGCCUGGGUCUCUGGGACACUGCAGGCAAUGAUGCCUUCAGAAGCAUCCGCCCCCUGUCCUACCAGCAGGCAGAUGUGGUACUAAUGUGUUACUCGGUGGCCAACCAUAGCUCGUUCCUGAACUUGAAGAACAAAUGGAUUAGUGAGGUCAGGAGCAACCUACCCUGUACCCCGGUGCUGGUGGUGGCCACUCAGACUGACCAGAGAGAGAUGGGACCUCACAGGGCUUCCUGCAUCAAUGCCAUAGAAGGGAAGAGACUUGCCCAGGAUGUGCGAGCCAAGGGCUACCUGGAGUGCUCAGCCCUUAGCAACCGGGGAGUCCAGCAGGUAUUUGAAUGUGCUGUCCGAACAGCUGUCAACCAGGCCAGGAGACGAAAUAGAAGGAAGCUGUUUUCCAUCAACGAAUGCAAGAUCUUCUAACCCCGAGGUCCUGUACCCAACAUUCAUGAACAUACCUCAAAGACUCAUGGGAGAGGGGAAGGGGGCAAGCCACGAGGACCGAUCUUGACCGAUCUUGGCACAUCUGAACAAUCUUUCAGUUAUGGGGAAGUCUGCCACUGAUGCUUUCACAAACUGUACUCUGCAGAUGAACUCUGUGCCAACACAACCUGAGAGAUUCCUUGGGGAGCCAUGUGAGAAGUCCGUCUUCAAUGAGAGAUUAAAACGACCAUCCUAAUUUAGACAAUGAAGUGCAUUUCCCAAGUAUGCUGUAUUUAAACCCACAUCUUAUUUAAAUAAUGACCAAAUAUAGAGCUCUUGUUUUCCUGUG